AUGUCAGAUUCUCAGACCAAGCCGAUUUACUGCGCUCAACAGAUAAACGUACCGCCGACGUUCCCGCACAUUCUGAAACUGUACGCGAAGGCAGCGAUUCGCACGCAGCCGAACGACCUUCUACGAUGGACCGCCGCGUAUUUCCGCGCUUUAGCGAACGGCGAGGUGCCUCCGGCGAAGGACAGAUUGGAGUAUCCACCCUUUGUACACCCCUCGGGCAUCACGCCCGGCUAUCUGAAGACCCUGCUCAACAGAUUCGGCUACGUGAACAAGGUCCGCCUGAGAGCCCUCCUGCUGGACUGCCAGGGGUUGGAUCUACCCGAGACGAGUCUUUAUCAGCUUUUUAUGGUCGUCGGUUUAUUGGAGGAUAAAGAGUACUGUGAUUUCUAUCGAUUCCUCGCGGUCGCCUGUGGAUUUUUAGGAAAUGAUCUUCUCGAGACGAUGAUAUACGUAUGCGAGCUCCUAACGCAUGAGCCGGAAGGCGGCUCGGCCAUGAUACCCUUGAGGAUUUUCCUGGAUCUCUACGGAUAUCUAGCGGAUCUCGAUUGCGGUGGCGAACGUCGCAAAGCCGAGCGCGUCGAUUCCCCGUGUGACACGUCCACGUCUGUCUCGAAAGCGUCGUCCGGCACGAUCGAUUUGACGAUGAGAGCCCGCAGCUGCGACGUUGAUGCGCAAGAGACAACUAAUGAUGCAUUCGAGUUUAACUACGAGAGCGAGGAGGGAGUCGCGAGGGAAGCGAUUGAUUGUGAAACUACGACUACUUGGAUCGAUCCUAAAAACUCGCCAGAGAUCUGCCGUUGCCGCAUCGAAGCUGAAAGCGACCAGACGCCACCGACCAAUCCUCUGAAAGAAUUCCUGAAGAGGAUGCGGGCGGAGAUAGAAGCGGGUCGUCUGGAAACAAUCUUCCGGGUAUCUGGAAUUGGUCCGCCGGUGUCGUCCGAGCGUGUAACAGCUGUUGGAUUGUGGCUGGCGGACUGCGCGCGUCGUCAAGAGGGUCUGGUCGGGCCGCGUAAUAUCCGCCACUUUCUCUGUCCGAAUCUCAAUGAUAUUCUGGAGUGUGAUUGCACCUAA